UUCCUUCUCGGUCUCGUUGCCCCCUUUUUGACCGAUGCACAGCAUGCAUGCAACACAACUCUCCUUCUUGACAAGGCCAAAACGCUUCUGCUGACAAAUUUCGAUGCGGAACAAGGUUGGACAGUUCCUUCCAAAGCGACGGCGCCCUACCUAGACUCGACCUCCUCCCUCUUCACAGCCUAUGCAUACGCAAAAUUUGAUCCAGAUGCCGGGAUGAAGGAGCUGAUUGCAUGCCUAUCGGGGCAGUGGCCCUCCACCGGCCUCGUUCCCCGCAUCCGCUUUCCCCCCUCGAGCGAGGGCUCGGCCUGGCUGGAGGGCACUUACUACCCGGGACCGGCCCAGUGGCAAACCCCACGCGACGGGUCUGCUGCUGCUCUGAGCACUGCAGGACUGGCUGCACCACCGUGGCAUGCCAUCGUGGCCAUGCAGCUUUUCAACGUCUUUCCCCCGAUCUUCAAGUAUCACCAAUACCUUCACACCUCCCGCGACGCCAAGAACCACUUGGUCUUUUCGCAUCAUCCCUGGGAGAGCGAGCUCCCAGGAGACUCGCCCGUGUGGAGCGCGGCGCUGGCAGCGACCAAGGAGCGGGUGGAGGCCGAGGCCUGGAGCCCCCGCGUGCCCUUGGACGAGCCGGCGGCCGUGCCGGGCUAUCCGGGGGAUGAUGUGUUCGGGCCGGAAUUGUACCUGGUGGAGCUCAUGGCCCGGCUGGAGUACGAGGACGCGCGCAUCCAGCAAUCCACACCCUUCUUGGCGCUGGACGUGGAGUUUAACGCCGUCUUGGCCGCCGCCGACGUGGCUCUGGCGGACAUGGCUAAACUCCAGCACCGUCGAUGA